AUGCGAGGCACUGAUGAUGGGCGGUGGUGCACCACCCUGCUCAGGUUCUUGGAGGAGGCCUAUGUGAUGCGCGAUCCGUUCCCGAGCCCGCAGCAGCACCAACAGCAGCAGGCGGCCCUGUUCCUGGGCGCCAAGUGCAGCCAAUGUGGCGAUGACGUCUGCCAGGGGAAGCAAUGUAGCUUAUUCUACGCCAAGCGCUUUUGCAUGACCUGCGCGGCUGCCCACAAGCCGCACUUCCCGCCCGAGAUCCAAAAGAUUCUGGAGUAG